UUUAUUAUUUAUUUCGUCAGUACUCGGCGGUAGGGGUGUCUUAGCUCAGAGCAGCUGCUUAUAAAUUUGUCUCCCAAAAUCCAUCCUUCUCGUUAUCUUUCAUCCACUUUUAUCCCUUUUUGUGAUUCUUUCUUUCUUUCAUAAUAUGGAUGUACUUGAGCGUAUGAAAGCUGAUCUGGAAAAGAUGAGAGAGGAGAAAGCAUGCAUGGAAGCAUGUCUAAUAGCUGUUGGAAUCGAACUAGAAGAGAAGAAGAGAGUGCUUUCGGAGUAUAAAGCCAUGGCAGAAGUGGCUGAUGAUUUGCUGGGCAUAGUCAUGGAAGAAGGCGGUGAUAACGUUCACAUCGGCGAGGAUCUUGACGAGGAAACAAUGAAGGAAUUAGUGGAGGCAGCUAUGAGAGAAUUCACUGAAGCGCUGGUGGAAGCUCAAUCUCGGGGGAUUAGCCCUGCAUAUGGCAGAAAUGAUGGAGGGUAUGAGGGUAGUUUUGGCGGUGAUGACUCCGAAGAAGCCGGUGGAAUCAAUGGUGGCCAUUUUGAGUAGGGCUGGCCGAGGGGAUUUUGGGGUUUGGAUUGAAGUUGUGAUAUGGAGUUAUGUAGUAUACUAUGAGUGAUCGUGUUAACGUGUUUUAGUUUGGUUUUUGGGGUUUUAAGGGUUUUUCAGGUGUUAAACCGUCUUUGCGUCAAACUUGUUGCUUUGAUUGUGUGGCUUUAGUUUCAUGGUUAAGCAAAUUUAGAAGUUUUAAUUUCUUUCUCCAUUAAA